UGUUUGGUUAAUCAAGGGUGUGGAGACUGAGCAUGCGCAGUACUUGGCUUCAUUCUCGCUUCCGAGCGCUGAGCUGCGUGUGUGUCGCUGCCGGGGCUGCUUUACGCUUCUCUCUCUCUGCUGCUUCCAGACUGACACAAUGGUCAACUUCAGGUUCCUGUCGAGCAGUAAGUGACUCAGCCCGAUAUUCAGUGUUUGCCCAAGUUCUGAGGGGCCCCAAGUUUCAGGAAUUGAGCUACUCCGUGAGGGUGGUGGGCCUGCUAUUUGCCUCUGUGUGUGCCUGGUACAUGGGAUACCUGUUUGCAGAGGUAUUGCCAGAAGAACCCUGGCAGUCGGCAGUUGGUAGCAUGCAAAGCAUUGGCCAGAGACCGGUUCUAAAAGCUCCCAAUCCCAAAAGGCAGAAAUGUGACAUCUGGGUGUCCUGCGCACCAAACCAACUUGCCUACCGCAUACGGACUGGCGGCGCAAAAGACGUCAUGCCUGACAUUUGUUUAGAUGAUAACAUACUCCUCUCGGGAAAGAAUUCCAACCGAGGGAUAAACAUCGCUGUUGUUAGUGCCGAAACCUGGAAACUCGUUGAGACCAAAACAUUUGACAUGUAUGAAGGAGAUUUUUCCGGCGCUAUGGUUGAAUUCCUUAACAAGAUACCGAAUGGGGCUCUCAUUAUGGUCGCCAGUCAUGAUGAUGCCUUUACCAAGUUGACUGAACCCGCAAAAAAAGCCUUCGAAGACUUCGGGAGCAAAGAAGUCCGGAACCUUCGCUUCCGAUCAGCCUGGGCCUUUUUGGCCAUUAAAGGAACUAAAACACCCGACAACUUUGAAAAAGAAAAGAUCAACCACUCGGACGGAAGCAAGAACAGAUAUUCCGGUUGGCCGGCGGAAAUUCAGAUCGACGGAUGUCUCCCAAAAGCAUGAGCAAAGUCCCCUUUGAGUCAAAGCGGCAAGAAUCCCUCCUCUCUUUCCCCGGAGGCAGAGUGAAUGGGGUUUUUGUCAAUAGGAAAGGACGGGAUUCCCGAGGGAAAACUGUCCACCAGAUACUGAUGAUUUUGAACCAAUUGGCUGAUCCUAUAGGACAUUUGAAUUUAUAGAUCACUGGAGCGAAGAGUGCGACAUGCUCCCGUGUCUGUAUGAUUACAUGUGUGUGUAUAUAUAUAUAUAUAUAUGUUUGAACACUACUGUCUCAUACACUGGACUUCCUGGAGACGGGAUCUUCUCUGUGUUGACCGAUUUCCCGUAGAUUGGGAUCUGGCAGAGGAGUAAAAAUAAAAAAAAACUUAAGUUCCCAUAUACAGACUGAUCUCCCAUAUACAGACUGACGCUGUAUCCAGGAUCCUUGAAGUGUUGCCAAUAAUGAUGUUUUGGUUUUAUUUUCUACUGAUUCUUCACCGUAGUGUUUGUGCUGGUGAUUAUGGUCACACGGGAGGGGAAAACUCCAUGGAUCCCUGGAGAAGGCCGUUGUCUGUUCCUUGUUCAUAGUGCGUGUUACUGUCACUAAGGCUUAGGGAUUUCACAAAAAUUGGGUUAAACUCUCCCAUUUGUUCCCAAUUCCCAGUCUGUGAAAUGGGUGGCGUAUUCACCCGACCAACUCCCUCGUUUCACAGAUGUGAGUUGUCCAGUGUCUACGAGAGCGGCGCGUUUUGUGGUGCUUCUUGCCCUUUAUCUCGAACACCUGAGGCUUUCAAGCCGGCCCAUAGACCCAUAAAAAGGGGUGGUUCACCUUUGAGAUAUCUUUUAGUAUGUUAUAGAAUUCCUAGCAAAUUUGCAAUUGGUCUUUAUUAUUUAUAUUUUAUAGUUUGCGUUAUUUGCCUUACCUUUUUGCCUCUUCCCACCAUUCAAAUGGGGGUCACUGACCCCAUCUAAAAACAAAUGCUACAAUUGUAUUGUUAUUGCUUCAAUGUAUUACUACUAUUUCUAUUCAGGCCCUCUCCUCUUUAUAAAACAGCAGAAGGAUGUGAGGUUUUUCAAAAAAGUAAACCAAAAACUGGUUCAAAAGUUCAAAUACAUUUAUAAGGACAAUACAAGUGAAGGCCUAGCGCAUUCCGUGCCUAUUGGGGCAAUUACUCAUAGGCUGAACUGUACAGGUAAGGGAGGGGGUUAAUGUAUAAUGUACAGGUCUCAGGGAAGGGUUAAUAUAUACUGUACAGGUCGGUAUCAGGGAAAGGGUUAAUAUAUACUGUACAGGUCGGUAUCAGGGAAAGGGUUAAUAUAUACUGUACAGGUCGGUAUCAGGGAAAGGGUUAAUAUAUACUGUACAGGUCGGUAUCAGGGAAAGGGUUAAUAUAUACUGUACAGGUCGGUAUCAGGGAAAGGGUUAAUAUAUACUGCCUAUGAGUAAAUGCCCCAAUAGUCCCGAAACACGUUAGUCCGCCUGUAUUGUCCUAAUAAAUGUAUUUGAACUUUUGAACCACUUUUUUGUUUACUUUUUUGAAAAAACUCACAUCCUUCUGCUGUUUUAUAUGUAAAUAUGCACCCAAAGACGGGGUGAACUGAGAGUAUUUUUCAUUUUUUUUUUAUUAUACUUAUCCAUGCUUUACUACUGCUCUUAUUAUACUGCUGUAGUGCUAGAGAUUGGCUUUUUGCACCUUUUUUGCCAUUUGUAAUACUUCCUCUCCUAUUUAUAGUCUUUUUUUUUUUUUUUUUUUUAAUUAAAUACAUGGUUGCUAGGUUAAUUUGGACCCCAGCAACCAGAUGACUGAAAUUACCAACUGGAGAGCCACUGAAUAAAAAGCUAAAUAACUCAAAAACCACAAUAAAAAAAACCAAUUGCAAAUUGUCUGAGAAUAUCACUCUCUACAUCAUAAUAAAAGUUGAUAUUAAAGGGGUUGUCCACCUUUAAAGGAAUUCCCCCGGAUUUGCUCAGUUUUUGCGCUGCAACUUAUUUAAAGGGGAACUUUAUUCUAAAAUGAUUGUUUCCGUAUACUGUCGACACUGGCGUUCUAAGAUCAUUGCCAUUGGUCUCCAUUUUUUUUUCUUGAUUGCAAAUUGGCAAUUGAGACACGUCAAUUAAAAGAAAUGUGUCUGAAUGAAAGUGUUAUAUUUAGUCAGUAGGUUUUGGGAGGGAAAGGGUUAACCCAAAGUAUAAAUAGUCUCCGCCCACUUAGAGAUCUCCAGUGAAAUGGUUUCUGCAUAAAAGUGAAACAAAUAUUUAAUAGGAAUUGUUAACCUUUGAAACAAAUUAUGUCAAAUAGAUCUGCUCUUCUUUGCAAGAACAGCGCCACCUGAUGUUCACUUUGGGCAACUGGAUGCAUCUUGAAAAUGAAUUUAGUGAGGCAAGGAAUGGCUUGUGAUGUUGCUCUGCUCAGAAAAUGAAGUAUAAUGAUUCUCUGGUCAGUUCUAAUAAGUGCAACAUCACAAGAUUUUCUUUUUCUGAAUAAUUUAAUUUUUUGUUGACUUGCUGAAGUAGACGGCAGCUUUUCAAAUCAAUUCUAUUAGCAAUGUAAAACUGCUAAUAUCUUGAAAACUAUAUUAAAAAUAGACAAAAAAAAAAAA